CAGACUGGCAUCGCAGCACACUCGUCUGACAGCAGGUUGUGGAGAAGAAGAGAAGCAGGAAGUUUCUCUGGAUUCCUCCUGAUUACUUUUAUCUAGUGAUUUGUCAGAAUCUCCACUAACGGAUCAAGUUUAUUUGGUUCAGGUUUGUUUUAUAAGUGUCACAGCUCGUAGGGAGCAGAAGUCAGUGUUAGUUAGUGUCAGUUAGUGUUAGUGUUAGUUAGUGUUAGUUAUCCAUCAUCCAUCUCUUCACUACGAACCGUUCGUCCCAGUUAACGAUGUUCUGGAUCAUUUCAACUGUUGUGAUUCUCUUCUUCACGCGUGUUGCAGCUGAACAAGGAUCAGAUGUCGUCAAACUGUUUGUGACUGAAGGGGAUGAUGUCAUCCUGCCCUGCUCUCCACAACCCAACAUGAACAUCGAAGCAAAACUGUUCGACUGGAAGAAAGAUAAAAAGGAGGUGUUCCUGUUCAAUAACGGCAACUACUACGGAGUCGGCCUCUCGGGUCAGGAUGAGGAGUUUAAAGGACGAGUCUCUCAUUUUGUCGGCGAGCUGAAGCUCGGAAACGCCUCCAUACUCCUCCGAGACACGAGGACGACUGACAGUGGGAACUACACCUGUUUCUUUCCUCAUCUUGGGUCCGGGCAAACAUACAGGGUUGAGCUGGUUGUUGAAAUGACCUUCAAAAACAGAUUAGGACUAAUCAAGGGUGUAGCUCUACGUCCAUAUGUCAAGAUCCGUAACGUCACAAGAGAUGGGGUGCUGCUGGAGUGUUUUGUUCCAGGUGCUUAUCCACAGCCUGAGCUGGAGUGGCAGACGAGUGAUGGGACGGUCGUCCCUGCUGAGGAACCACAUGUCUCUCACAGAGGACACCGCUUUGACGUCCUCCUCCUCACCACCGUGAACAAGACCAACACGUACCGCUGUGUGCUCAAGCAGGACGGCUUCGGCCAUGUGAUCGACAAUGAGCUCUUUGUGCCAGACAAUCUCUUCAAGGACAAGUCCUGCACUUCUACCAGUGUAGCUCUACGUCCAUAUGUCAAGAUCCGUAACGUCACAGGAGAUGGGGUGCUGCUGGAGUGUUUUGUUCCAGGUGCUUAUCCACAGCCUGAGCUGGAGUGGCAGACGAGUGAUGGGACGGUCGUCCCUGCUGAGGAACCACAUGUCUCUCGCAGAGGACACCUCUUUGACGUCCUCCUCCUCACCACCGUGAACAAGACCAACACGUACCGCUGUGUGCUCAAGCAGGACGGCUUCGGCCAUGUGAUCCACAAUGAGCUCUUUGUGCCAGACAAUCUCUUCAAGGACAAGUCCUGCACUUCUACCAGUGUAGCUCUACGUCCAUAUGUCAAGAUCCGUAACGUCACAGGAGAUGGGGUGCUGCUGGAGUGUUUUGUUCCAGGUGCUUAUCCACAGCCUGAGCUGGAGUGGCAGACGAGUGAUGGGACGGUCGUCCCUGCUGAGGAACCACAUGUCUCUCGCAGAGGACACCGCUUUGACGUCCUCCUCCUCAUCACCGUGAACAAGACCAACACGUACCGCUGUGUGGACAAGCAGGACGGCUUGAGCAAUGAGCUCUUUGUGCCAGACAAUCUCUUCAAGGACAAGUCCUCCACUUCUACCAGUGUGCUCAUGGUUGUGAUAAUAACUAUAUUCUCAACUCUGGUUAUUGCACUUCUGGGUGGAUUUCUAGUAAAGACCAUCAUGUACAAGAGGAAAAAGUUGUUGGAGCGUCGGUCACGUGGUCGUGAAGCUGAACGUGAUGCAACACAAGCAGAAGCAGGGGAGUUGGAGUCUCAGUUACCCUAUAGUGACGCUGAACCUGAUGAAGCAGGAGCAGGAGCAGUAGCAGAUGCAAAGACGAAAGGAUCAUCAAUAGAAAUGAAACAACUGAACGGUCAUCAGCUGAGCAACGGAUCCUGAUCUAAAUAGACGACACUUUAGGGAAAUUCUGCAAUAAUGGUUGAUGUCAUGAGUAUUUUUCACAAAAUUGGAAACCUCUAUUGUAUCUGUGUCAAUCAAAUUGUAUUUGAAAAGCAAGGGAAUGACUGAUGACUAGAGAAGUCAUGAUAUGAGAUGUUUGUGCCACGAUUACUGUCAGAGGAAAUCACGGUUUCACGAUUCCCACGAUGGGCAGAGUCGGUGGAAAUAAGUCUGUUACGUCAGUUUCCUCUUCUCCACUAACGUUUCAGUGGCUCACACACAAAGUGACUUUCGAGAGGCAGGACACCGUAGUUGGAUAUCGUAGUUUCCCUAAUUAUUGCAGUUAUGAAACCUUGACAUUAUGAAACCUCGCUUAUGGUAAAAUCUGUUAAUCCCAACAUAUCCAGUGAUGAUUUUCACCAUCUCAGUCUGGAUUGAACUUGCACUCGUGUGGAUGUUGUUGGGAAAGGUCAGGUGUCUGUCUCUCUCGUCACAGUGCAGCUAACGGGAGAAUGUCAGGGACCUUUUCUAGAGGCUGUUUUCAGAUCGUGAUGCUGUAGCUCUGAAGAAAAGGAAAAUAUCAGGCUUUAGAUUUUUUAGGAAAUUGAAGGAAAAGAAGUGAUAAGGGAUUAAUUUGUAUAUAUUUUUGUAAAUAUGUUAGAAUAUAAUAUUUAAGCUAUCAAAGUCUACCUUAGAACUCUGAAACAUCAGUGGAAGACACGAAUGUGCCAGUGAUCUACAAGUGGUCAGUCAAUUUAAAGCUUUAGUUUGGUACAUAUUCAACUUCCUUUUUAAUCUGUUACAGUCUUUGGUCACUGAUGAGAAUUGAGAUCUUUUUAACACCAAGUGUUCUACAUUAUUAUGUCUGCCUGAUGAAAUCAUGGGCAGCUGAGAGGAUUUCCAUAAGGAGGUUGAUGGUUAGAUUCUCAGCACACGAGCUCAAUGCACAAGCCAUCUCGUAAACGUAUGUUUACAUUUUCAUGGGACCGUGUUUAAAUCUGUACGUCAAUCUGGGAAAUGUGACUCCUGCGAUAAACGGAGCCUUUCAAAUAUUUCUGAAUGUAACAAGUGUUUUUAAAUCCAACAAUACCUUGAAUGAAAGUUUAAACUAACAAUUUAGUAGCACUGAAAUGGCACUUACUAAUAAUACUUUGCAGUUUGGCUUUGCUCUUGGAUUGUACCAUCAUGGUUUAUGAACUUAUUGUAAGUCGUUUUGGAUAAAACCGUUCGCUAAAUAAAAUGCUAAGUUAGUGCCUUGAUGCAAUUUCCUAAAAUUUUGUACAAAUAUCCAUUUUACUUCAGGAUGAACUCGAUAUCUUAAGAUCAAUUUGAGGGAAAGUCUUAAGAUUUGGUGCAAACUUUCCCUUAAACUCAAAGAGGAGUUUGGUGCUUGAAGGUCUUUUCCCUGUGACCUCAUGUUACUGAUUCAGCUGCCAAGUGACUUUUACUGGAAGAACACAAAGAGUAUUAAGACAGUAUUUUCUCUUGGUUUUUUUUCAUUACUUAUUUUUUAAAGAAUAUUUUAUACUGUAUGAGACAUUUUGAGAAUCUGUGAGAUGUUUCUGUAUUGCAGCUAAAGUGAUUCUUAUUCCAUUGUGCCUGCGACGUCAUGUGACCAAAGAAGUAUAUCACUGUGACGUCUGUGGAAAUAAAAGAAACUGAGUGAGUCUUGAA